GGUACCAAAUCUCGCGAUACUACGUGCAUCCCAUUCGAGCUAAACUGGAGGGAUUUCUGUAGUAUUUAGUGAGCAGCUAACACGUUAGCAACACCGAGAUAACCUAUUUGCAAAUAACUCGCUCCUUAAAAAUAAAGAAACCAAGCCGGCUCAGAGAAUGGAUUUAGAAGACGACACGACCAUUUUAACAACCCUGAAGUCCUUCAAUUCCUUCAUCAGCCGCCCCGAACAUCCACAGCGGCUGUCAGAGCACUCAGCAGGGAGUGGAAUCCUGCAGAGUCAGUACAAGCGCAGCAUGGAGCUUUUAGAAGCAGCAGAGAGGGUUCACUCCAAGAAUCGCUACCUGCAGUUGGACCAGGAAAAGAAACAGAUGGAGCUGAGUCACAAACGGGCUCGUUUUGAACUGGAGAAGGCAGCCUCAGACAGCGCACGAGACUUGGAGCAUGAGGUGGAUCGGAACCAGGAGCUUUUGGGACAAAUAAAAAAGCUGGAGGAGAGAGCGGAGGAGGCGAAUAAGAAGCUAACAGAGCAGAAGGAAGCAAAUGAUGCUCUCCAGAUGAACCUGGAGGGUCUAAACAAGACACUGGAGGAACGAGAUGAUAAGCUUGGCGCAGCUAACCAGACCAUCAGCUCUUUGAAGGAUGAGAUCAGAGAGCUCAGGCAGAAGAUUCAAAACCAAGACUCAAAAAUCUCUGGUCAAACGCUCGAAAACCAGGAGUUACAGGAAAAGCUAGAUUUGCAACAAAGGAAGUAUCAGGAAGUCUCUCAACUUUGCCAGAGUCUCCAAGCUGCGCAGUCGUCAUGCUCUGAGCACAUAAUCAAGAUUAAGGAGUUGGAAAGGCGGCUUGCGUUCCAGGAGCAAGACUUUGCCAUUGUGAAGACUAUAAAGUCAGAGGCGGCCAGAGUUCCAGAUCUGGAAAAGGAGCUGAAGCGCCUCAAAGAUGAUAAUGCCUACCUCAGGGAGAGCAGAGAAAAUUGCAGCCUGUUGAAAGAGGAGGUGGAGGGUCUGCGGAAGAAGCUGGAGAGGAUGGAGAAAACCAAAGAAGAGCUGAUCAACAUGGAACUGGAAAAAGAGAGGCUCACUGAGAAGCUCCACGCGUGGGAGAACCUUGGGCAAUCUACUGGACUCAACAUAAGGAAACCCGAGGAUCUGUCCAGGGAGGUGAUUCAGAUCCAGCAGAGAGAAAUUGCUCUGAAAGAGCAGAACUACACACUCAACAGCCGUGUGAGGAGUGUGGAGCGUUCACAGUCGGAGCUUCGUGCAGAGCUGACCCAGCAGCGCAGCAAGACUCUGGAGGAGCAAAAGAAGAGAGAGGCACAGGACGCUCUUGUCCGUCGACUGCAGAAGCGGGUACUGCUGUUAACCAAGGAGCGGGAUGGAAUGCGUGCCAUAUUAGAGUCCUAUGACACCGAGCUGGCGCCUACUGAGUACUCUCCUCAACUGAGCAAACGACUCAGGGAGGCCGAGGACAUACUGCAGAAGACGCAGAGCCAUAAUGCAGAGAUGGAGGCUCAGCUGACCAAAGCGCAGGAGGAGACGGGGACACUAAAACUGCAGCUACAAACAGCGGAGCUGGAGCUGGAGUCUUUAAAGAAGCAGCAGGCCUCUGCUACUGACAGCAACUCUUUACUGACCAAAGAAGAGGUCACCAUUCUCAGACAGAAAAUUGAAGAUUUAGAGAGAGAGCGGCAACGUUUGGAGGAGCAGAAUAACAUUCUGGAGAUGAGACUGGAGAGACACAACCUACAGGGAGACUACGAUCCAGUCAAAACCCGUGUUCUCCACCUCAAAGUGAACCCCACCGCCAUUGCCAAACAAGAGCGCCAGCAGGAAGUGGAGGCUCUCCGGGAAGAAGUGACACGGCUCAGGGAUCUUGUACGCUCUUUGCAGAGUGGAGGUGCUGUGGGGCAUUCCCAGGAUGACACGCACAACCCCAGCUUCAGCCUUAGUUUGGCUCCUUCAAAGGAAGUGUUGGAUUUGCGUAAACAAAUGGAGAGUUCAGAGCUGAGGAACCAGAGACUGAAAGAGGUGUUUCAGAGAAAAAUACAGGAGUUUCGCACAGUGUGCUACGUCCUGACCGGCUACCAGAUCGAUAUAACCACUGAGAACCAAUACCGGCUCACGUCUGUCUACGCGGAGCACAUGGAUGACUCCUUGCUCUUCAAAAAGGGCUCCAACGGAAGCAUGCAGCUUAUGGAAACAGAGUUCUCCAAAACUCUGGGAGAGAUGGUGGCUCUUCAUCUGCAUCACCAGAAGAGCAUCCCAGCGUUCCUCUCCGCCGUGACCCUCGACCUCUUCAGCCGACAGACCACAGUCUGACAGAACUGCACACCAUCUCACACACUCGUGUAAAAAUUCAAAAUGAGCUUAACUUUUAUUUUGACUUUUUCCCCCCCUAUCGCCUUCUAUAUACUUCACUUUUCCCCCGCCUCAUACAAUAUUCAUAAAUUGUUUCGAUUGUCCCAGUAUGUUUCAGCAGCUCUGUUGUAUGAAUAGAUCAGCGAGUGCUGUUUUUGUGGCGGAUGAGCACCUUAUUUGAUAGAAUGUCUCCAUCUUUCAUUGAAAAGCAGCUUGGUGCGCCUAUUUGUACAAUGAAUAUUUCAUCAAUAAAGUCUCGAGGAAACCAUUUUUUUUCUAGUCAUCAUGAAAAUGAUCCAUAAAAAUCACUUAUAUUUGUAUUUGGAGCCUUCUUUAAAAAAAAAAUAAAUAAAUACUGAAUGUUGGAAACGCACUUCCUCUAAGUUUGUUCCUCUCUCUCGGGGCCUUAUACAAAAGAGAAAAGAAGCAGUUGUAGUUCCAGCCUGUCCGAGCCAAUCUGAGCUGGUGUCAAAGCAAUUGCUGAAUCCGGCUUAGUUCAGUUUGUAAUUCAGAUUUGUUUUUCCCCUCACCAGAUUUUUAAAGGUUGGCAUUCAGGAGGCGGUGCAGGGUAAUCACACGGGGAGUAUUUGUGCGUUUCCACUGUCAGCAGGAUCACUAAGCUUGACUGACACUGAAACACUGAAGGAGUAACCGUGUGCAGUCAUUUUAGAUGUAAUAGAUGGAAAAAUCAUGGAUAAGGGUAAUUUAAAAAUUUGUGUCACCUAUCAGCCUGUCACCCAGGAGAAACGGAGCAGGCGCGAAUGAAAGGAACAGUGUCAUACAGUAUAAUAUUAGUUUAGGACUCUAUCUGAAUUUCAAUUGAGAAAUUAUGUAUUUGCUCUCUCUUACUUUUUUCCUGUGCACCAGCUUUACAGAAGAAUUACAGUGUGUGGUGUGCCAUGUGCAGGGAAGCUUUAAUGUUUGCAGUGCCUGUAACACAGUCAUUGUCCAUGAGUUUGAGUUUGAUGAACUGCGAUUUAUCCCCUUUAUGGCUUCAGUUAACGAUUGCAUCUUUGUGCGAGUGUGAACACAACACGAGUGGAAUUUCUUGGUAACAAUAAAGUGAAAAUGGCAGAAAUAAAGAGGAAGGGAAACGAGGGAGUCGUCCAAUAAAA